GGUUAAUUAAGCUGAUUACAGAUAACCUGAUGGUCCGUCCUCAGCUGCUCCUCUACGGCUCUCAUCCAGCAGCGAUGGCGUCAGCUCGUGCGGCUCUCAGGUCCGCUGUGCUCGCGCUGUGUCUGCUCGGCGUGCUCGCGCUGGAGUGUCAUUACUGCCCCCUGCAGGCCGCGGGCACGCGCUGCAACAUCACCACGGAGUGCCGCGGGCACGAGCGCUGCUCCGCCGGCUGGAGGCGUUACGGGCGCGUGCACGUGCUCGCCGUCCAGGGCUGCGCGCCCCCGGAGCUCUGCGGCUCGAACCAGACUCUCUCACUGAAGCGCACCGAGUAUGAGAUCAGCUACACCUGCUGCUGCCGCCAUCUCUGCAAUACUGCCGCUACACAGAACCUCCUCCAGCAGCUGACCGGCGAGCCCCUCAGUCCCGCGGAGAACAGCUGUCCUGAGGACUGAGACACACACACACGCGCUCAUACACACACUCACACACACACGCACACACCGCUGCCCUGAGGACUGAGACACUCACUCGCGCUCACACACACUCACACACACACACUCACGCGCUCAUACACACACACACACACAGCUGUCCUGAGGACUGAGACACUCACUCGCGCUCACACACGCUCGCGCACACACACACACUCACGCGCUCAUACACACACACCGCUGUCCUGAGGCCCUGAGGACUGAGACACUCACUCGCGCUCACACACGCUCGAGCACACACACACACACACUCACGCGCUCAUACACACACACCGCUGUCCUGAGGACUGAGACACUCACUCACACACUCACUCACACGCAUGCUCAUGUACAGCUGUCCUGAGGACUGAGACAUGAUGGCUUGUAUUAAUAUCAUGAGGAUUUUAUUAAUACCAGCCCAGACUGGCUGCGAUGGACUGUCCUUGUAUCACUCAAACUGCUCUUCAGUCUGGAAACUGAUGAACCUUUGUAAAAAAUAAA